AUGGCGGCGGGAGCGGCUCCGGCUCCGGCCCCGCUGCUGCUGCUGCUCCUGGCCCAGCUGCCCGCCGGACCCAACGGGAACCGCCAUGCCGUCUACUGGAACAGCUCCAACCAGCACCUGCGGCACGACGGCUACACGGUGCAGGUGAACGUGAACGAUUACCUGGACAUCUACUGCCCGCAUUACAACGGAUCGGGGUCCGGCCCGGGCCCCGGCGGCGGCAUCGGCGGCGUGGAGCAGUACGUGUUGUACAUGGUGAGCCGCGCAGGGUAUCGCACCUGCAACGCCAGCCAGGGCUUCAAACGCUGGGAAUGCAACAGGCCCCACGCCCCGCACAGCCCCAUCAAGUUCUCGGAGAAGUUUCAGCGAUACAGCGCCUUCUCGUUGGGUUACGAGUUCCACGCGGGACAUGAAUACUACUACAUCUCGACCCCCACCCACAACCUGCACUGGAAGUGUUUGAAGAUGAAAGUCUUCGUCUGUUGUGCGUCCACAUCGCACUCCGGGGAGCGACCCCUGCCCACCCUUCCCCAGUUGACCCUGGGCCCCAAAGUGCGGAUCGACGUGUUAGAUCACUUCGACCGUGGGAAGGCGGAACCUCCGCGCGUGGAGAAGAGCGUGAGUGGGACCAGUCCCCGGAGAGAGGACCUGCCCCUGGCCGUGGCCCUGGCCUUCCUCCUCCUCUCCCUCCUGGCCUCCUAGCUGCACUCCGGACGCCUGGGUCCCAUCCCUCCACCUCCCCCGGCCGGGACUGGGGUCAUCCCGGGGAGGGGGCGGGGGGCGUCCGCCUGGGACCCCCCCUUUCCCCUUCCCCCCCCACGGUUUACAGCAAUAAGCACGUCCUUGUCGCCCCCCCCACCCCAACCCGAGAUGAUGGUGAUGGCAUUUGUUAAGC